AUGAUCUCGGAGUGGUGGGCUGCUGAGAUCAUCGUGCUGCUGGCGGGGACCCUUCCAGGAGCUGAGGUCAGCCUGACGGCCAUGGCCAUCUUUUCCAACACCUGCUCCAUAUGUUUCUACUUCCCUUGUGGCCUGGCAGUCGCCACCAACACGCGCGUCAGUAACGAAUUGGGCGCUGGGCGAUGGGCCUCCGCCCGUUUCGCCUCCAACGUGAGUCUGCUGUUAGGCCUGGGCUUGGUCUGUUGCACGUCCCUGGCCGUGCUCUUGGGUCGCGGCCUUUUCCUGCGGCUCUUCACCUCGGACCGGACGGUGGACUCCGUGGCAGAGCCGGUGCUGUUGAUCUGCGCGGCCUACGUGGUCCUGGACGGCCUCACCAUCGUGCUGUGCGGGGCGCUGAAGGGCUGCGGCCGACAGAUGUUGCAGGCUCCCAUAGUAGUGGCUUCCUACUACCUGCUGGGCAUCCCUUUCGCGUACCUCAUGGCGUGGCCUUGCCAUCUGAAGACCUUCGGCCUGUCGCUGGGUGCCCUGCUAGGUACCUUCAGCAACUUCCUGGGCUUUGCGUUGCUGGUGCUAUGCACCGAUUGGCGCCGCAUGGCGGAGGUGGUGGCGCAAGGCGUGACGCAAGGUGUGGCCACUGGGGCCAGGGGCAGUGCCAAGAGAGGCUUGGUCCGUUGCACGGCAGCGGGAUCUUCCAGUGAUGCGGUCACGCCUCAACGCCCUGAGAGUUGGCAGUUGAGGGCACACCUCAUCAACUCGGCAGUCCCCAUGGUGGCCUUUGGAUUCAUGGACAACUCAGUCAUGCUGCACGCGGGCAACGCCAUCGAUGCCACCCUGGGGGUCACCUUCGGCUUGAGCACAUUGGCGGCCGCGGCCUGCGGGCAGGUUUGUUCCGAUGUGGCUGGAGUCACCUUUGGCGGGGUCAUCGAAGCCUUGGCCUCCAAACUGGGGCUGCCCUCCGCGCACCUCUCCGAGGAGCAGGUCGGCAUGGGGGUCGUGAAGCGUGUGGGUCUCAUUGGAAGUGUCCUGGGUGUGAUGACAGGAUGCUCCUUGGGGCUGCUGAACUUGUUCAUCAUUGAUACGGACCGCACCAGGGAGUUGAAGCUCGCAGCGGAGACGGAAGCCAGCGGGUUUAGCAUCACUAUGAGCAAUAACACUCGUCCGGACUUCACUGCGAUCACGGUGGAAGGCCCCACCGAUGUGCCAGGAGUAGUGGCCUCGGUCACGAAUGCCAUGGCAUCUGCUGGAGUGCUCAUCAGGGAUAUGUCUGGACAUCGCGAUGAUGACACCACAGGUACGCUACGUUUGACCUUCUACGUUACCAAGGGAGGGGAGCAGGUGGAAGACGACGAACUGAAGGACUUCGGGCGGAGCAUCAUGGCGGCCUGCAACGAUCCGCAGUUCCACCAGAAGAAGGAAAAGAGAAUCGUGGCAGAAAUGGAGGAGCUCAAGGCUCAGUUGGUGAAGACUCAGGAGCUGCUCCAGCUGGCGGUGAAGGAGAAGGAAAACACCCAGAAGAUUAUCGAGAAACACUUCCUGCGGAUCGCGAAGAAAGAUGAUCCUCAGGAUGACGAUUCCACCGCCGAAAAGUCCACAGCUAUGACCGCCAGCUAG